AUGUCCGUAGAAGAUCGGCGAUUCAUAGAAAUAAUGGAAACAGGUAUCCAUAAAAACAAAUUGGGAGAUGCCACUUCCCCUUUGAAAGACCAAUGUCACUUUCCCAAACAAUCGAGGUCAAGCCGCAAGUCGUAUGAAUAAUCUGUUGCUCUCGUUCAAACGCAAACCUCAAAUGGAAAAGGACUACUUUCAAUUCAUGCAGAAACUACUAAAACGGAGACACGCCAUACCAGUUCCGCUCAACAAAGUAACGAAGACAACUCAUGAGCCAGGAAACGUUUGGUAUCUACCACACUUUGGCGUUUACCAUCCACCAAAACCCGACAAAAUUUGCGUUGUAUUUGACUUUGAACAAAUGUUCCAUAAUUUCUACGUAAAUCCUGACCAUCAAAAUCUGUUACGCUUUUUGUGGUUCGAGAACAACGAGAAAACGAAGAACAUUAUCGAGUAUCAAAUGACUGUACAUCUGUUUGGUAAUACGUCUAGCCCAGCAGUUGCAACAUUUGGCCUGCGGAAGACGGCCGAUGAUGGCGAGGAGGAGUUUGGGCACGCUGCAAACGACUUUGUAUGCAACACCAUUUACGUCGAUGACGGCCUGACAUCUUGUUCUAACCCCGACGAAGCUAUAGAUCUCGUCAAGAAUACCCAAACAAUGUUAGCAACGGCAAAUCUUAAGUUACACAAGAUUGCAUCAAACGCGGUAGAGGUAAUGCAAGCACUUCCACCAAAAGAUCGAAUUGACUGCAUACAAAACCUUGACCUUCAACGAGACCCAACGUUCCUUGGGUGUUAUGUGGAAUUUACAAAACGACGCGUUAACAUUGUCCAUUUCCUUACCAGAAAAACCCUUCACCCGUCGUGGAGUUCUAUCAGCAACCUCGUUCCCAGGCUCUUUGCUCUUGGGAAGCAAAGACCCUGGUCAGAGCUGGUCACGUGACCCAUAGAAAAUUGAUAGCCCAAGAGGGGGUUGGAAAAGUCUCAUAUUACAUGUUUCCACUUCUGCACUUCAAUUGAAGGAGUGGCCGUUCUGUACAAUCAUCUAAUUCAUCUUCGAGAAUCAUAUAUACCUCAAACUACUUGCUAAAUUGGUUUCUGUUUGCUUUUAAAUUAUACAAACAUGCUAAAAUGCAGAUUCUUAUAGCAACAGAAAAUUCAGGCAAUCAAGCAACGAGAACGUAUGACUGUACGCUUUGAAAUAUUUUUAUUUUCUCGGGGUUCGCCGGUUCGGGCGUAGUUUCAUUUCACACGUGCGUUUCUGUUCUGGCUCCGAUUUUUAUAAUAUGCUUAUAAUAUGCCAAUGAAUUGUUCUAAUAUGGACACGGUAUAAAUUUUGUUAAACAGAUGUCUCAAAAGCGACUGUUUAUAGGUCAUAGGAUUAGCGCCUUGCCGGUCUUAAAGUAUGUGACACGUUUGGACACAAGGCAAAUACACAUUGAAUGUCCAUUCUAUUGAUUCUAAAACUGUUUCAGUUAUACAUAUAGAGUUAGACAUAUUGCUCUAGAUUUUUUAAAAGGUUAUCAUCGUUUAUAUUAAACACCAGGAAGACAAAAUAUAACGUACAAAAUUGUUUGAAAUGGACAGUGCACAGCUGACAUACGACAAUUCACAACUGCAUGAAUUUUCUUCAAAAUAUUGCACAUCAUCUCCUAUAAAUUCUAUCGCCAUUUACCCUCUCCCCUUAAAUGCAAAGGAAUGACAGCAGAAAAGGUUUAGCAAAGUAUUUUUUAUUACAUCUGGUAAAACUAUAAAGUGUCCUACGUUUUAUCAGGACAAUAUACAUAAUUCAUAAACUGCAUUAUAUGCACACAAAGUCUCGCUUAUAUUAAUGAGUUUCACUGUAACAAACCAAAAAGUUUCCAUUGAUAGACAUAGAUAGGUUGUUUGCCUCCAGUAUUGUUUGGUAAAACAGACUAAACAUCUAAAAUGUCGGUUACGGAAUACGAUAAAGAUUAAAGUUGAUUUAAAUAUUGAUAAUCCAUUAUUACAAGUCUAAAGAAGCUGGAUUAUUCUUCAAUAAAGCCCUCAAUGGACAAUGCCAAUGUCAAUGAAAGGUCUAAUAUUAUACACGUUGCAAAUUACUGUAUACACAAAAUAUGAAAUAAUUUAUAUAAAGUACAAUACCAGUGUCUGAUGCAUAUAUCGUCCUAGAUAUUCAAGUUGUACCGCACGCACGGAAACGCGCGGAGGAGUCUUGGCGUUUGUGUGAUAACAGAUAGCAAGCUACACUUCGACAUUAUCUUUCUUGAUCGUCGAGUUUCGGCAAUGUAAAUGAAAUGAAUUUUAUAGCCAGUCCAUAACGGGUUUUAAUCCUGUGCUUUUACAGUCAAAAUAGCACUAUUGUUUAAUACACAUGUUGGCGAUGUUUGGGAAAUCAAAGGAUCUCGUUAUAAAAUAAAUCUUUUGUUUUGAAUAUCGGACAGAACACCAGAGAACCAUAUCGUUAGUUUAAUAUCGUUUGAUCGAUCAUUCUGUGUAGAAGAUAUGUGUGUUUCUACGGCGAUACGUGCUAAACUUUGCAAGCCAGGCGCGUGUGGAGUGCUUUCCUUGCAAGUGAAAUAUGAUCCAGCUUCUCGCUUGAAAUGUACCGCAACACUUAUUAUUGAUGACAUUCAGUACAGCAGGAAGUCUUGUCAUGAUCGGUACAAUUUAAAACAGUUCCUUUCACAAUCUCUUGUUGCAAAUUACAUUUAUAUCACCCGAAAUUGUAACACAUAAAGUUGCAAUUUUCCAAACGCAACAAACAGACUCCUCUACUACCCCUCCCUGAGAUCAAAUUCAAUUUACCCCCAAAAUCUGGGGGUUCACGUGACCAGCUCUGACCAGGGUCUUUGCUUCCCAAGAGCAAAGAGCCUGGGAACGAGGUUGUUCUAUCAGUUAUUAACUCAAUAUACGACCCUCUUGGCUUCGCAACCCCAGUCACGUUACCGGGAAGACUCCUACUACGGCAGCUGACAAUACUAGGAAACGACAGUUUACCAUUAGGGUGGGACGACCCUUUACCCACUUCACUCUGGAAGAAAUGGCACGAGUGGACAGUUGGUCUAUACGAUCUGCAAGAUAUCAUGAUUCCUAGAUGUUAUCUUCCACAGAACUCAAAUGAGGUCAGAAAAGCAGAAAUCCAUGCCUUUUCCGAUGCCAGCCACUACGCAAUCGGUAUUGCUGUCUAUUUGAAGCUAACCAAUCAAGCUGAAGUCAGUAGAGUUUCACUUGUGUUCGCUCAAGCAAAGCUAGCUCCCAAACAAGCGACAACGAUCCCAAGAUUAGAACUAUGUGCAGCCGUACUUGCAAGCAAAGCGGUCAAGUGGAUAACCCGAGAACUUAAGCUCAGAAUAGACAAAGUCAUUUUCUACACCGACUCUAAGGUAGUACUCGGCUACAUCCAGAACGAGAGCCAUUGUUUUUACGUCUACGUAGCCAACAGAAUUCAAAUCAUCCGAAGUAUCACUGACCCUCCUCAAUGGAGAUACGUGGAGACAAAGGAAAACCCAGCUGAUAUAGCAACAAGAGGAAAAUCUUCCAAAGAUUUGAUGGAGUCAGUUUGGUUUAAAGGCCCAGAAUUCCUGAGAAACGUUGAUCCACCUGCACAAACGGAACUCAGCCCCGAACCUUUCUUGAUUGCUGACAACGAUCCAGAAGUUCGAGUUAAGGCUACAAUCUACACUACCCAACUGCGUGUAAUCAAAGGUCUGACCUCAGAAAGAUUCAAUCGAUUUUCCAAGUGGAACUCCCUUCGAAGAGCGAUUGCCAAUCUGAUCAUCAAAGCAAAGAUAUUGAAAAGCCAAAACCAAAUUUCAACACCCCGCAAAAGGAAUGCCCACCAAACACAUCUGGUCAAACUACCAGUCCGAAAGCUGCCAAGAAAUCCAUCUGCUGCAGAACUAAGACAGAGCGAAGUGGUGAUGAUCAAAACCGCACAGAGCGAAGCAUACGCGGAAGAAAUCGAAACCCUUCAGCAAAACCAACUGUCUCAGAAAAGCCUUUCUCCGAAGUCCAGUAUAUAUCGUCUAGACCCAUUCGUCGACGGUGACGGUGUCCUUCGAGUUGGCGGUUGACUAAGGCAAGCAGACCAAAUGUUCCAAGAGAAACAUCCAGCUAUAUUACCCAAAGGAUGUCAUUUGGCGAGACUAGCAAUCACCCAUUACCAUAGUGAAGUGCAUCACCAAGAAAGACAGAUUACCCAUGGUGCAUUAAGACAAGGGGGAUUAUGGACUAUCGGAGCCAAACGAAUGAUCUCAAAAAUUAUCAACCAGUGUAUCACGUGUAGAAAACUCAGAGGGAACGUUAUAAUGCAGCAUAUGGCUAAUCUUCCACCAGACAGACUAGAAACGCCACCACCAUUCACAAAUGUGGGGUUUGAUGUAUUUGGCCCUUGGCAGAUACGUACUCGAAGACUAAGAGGAGGAGCUGCAAACGCUAAGAGAUGGGGUUUAGUCUUUACUUGCCUGAACUGCAGAGCGAUCCACAUUGAGGUCUUGGAAACAAUGGACUCAAGUUCCUUUAUUUGCGCCUUAAGACGCUUCUUUUCCAUUCGUGGGCCACCAUCGUUAUUGAGGUGUGAUCGAGGGACAAAUUUCGUCGGGGCAAAGUCAGAAUUAGACGAAGCGUUGAAAGAGAUGGAUCAUAAAGCAAUAGCAAAAUAUGUCGUCGAACAGAACUGUGAGUGGGUUUUUAACCCUCCCCACGCAUCCCACUUUGGCGGAGUCUGGGAGUGCCAAAUUUCCACCAUUCAGCAAGUCCUUAACAGAAUGUUUUCUGAUCUCGGUCCUUGCCAACUUAUGCACGAGCUUUUG